CUGCUCAGAAAGACACAGGUUGACAGUGCUUUCCACAAACAAGAAAAUGUGACCAAAACGUGAUUAAUGUCUCAAAUAAAAAUAUAAUUCGUGUAAAUAAAUAGUAUUAUUGUGACAAUUUGUAUGGAAGUGUGUAUGCAAUGUAUCGGUGAUUACAUUCCAAUUUUCGCAGCUACUUUUAUUUUACCUAACCUCUCUAUCUCUACUCAAGAUUUAUUUCGUUUAAUAAAGAUAUACAUAAUUUUAUAAUAUUCGAGCUUAUAAAAAAUCUGCGUGCCUAAAGCAAAACAAAUUUGCACGUGUAUACUGAUAAUAUAAUGAAAAUUAAUCAGAUGUGAUUUACAUAAUACACAUUCUAAGAACAAAGUGUUUUUCAAUAGAAAUUGCGUAUAUUGUAGAAAAAUAAAAAAUACUCUAACUUCCACUACCAGUAUGAUAUUCAUCGUGCAAGAUUCCUAAUUGCAUUAAAAUAUUAGUGCGUCGUUGAAUUAAUGUGAAAAUUACACUGUUCACUACUGCAAAAUGUCUGAGAAAAAGGCGGUUGGUGGUAUUCCCGUGGAAUGUCUAACUGGAGAAUCAGCUGCAAUAUGGUCUGGUUGGCGUAUACUGGGAGACAGAGAGCUUGUAAGAGAGGCUUCUGCCAAGGGGACUCAUGUAAAGUUAGCUUACAAAUGCCUCGCGUGCAGAAGAAAUUGUUCUGUAGAGCAGGCAUGUAUAUAUUUUAAUAAAGAAGUAGAUACUUGGGUCAAUGAGUUGUUAAACAAGAAGCAGGUUUACAGAGCCUCACACAUUUUAAAAAAUAUGGGAAAGGAUCCCAAUGAAUAUAUUUUUGCUGCCUCCAUAAAAAGCAAAGAUCCGCUCUUAAGGAACUAUUUGUGUGAAUAUAUGAUAAAUGCCACUGGAUUCAAGACUGAACAUAUUGCAGCAUGGAACAUUAUUAAGUCUAUCGAACAGUAUGAAGAAAAAUGCAAUAUUCCAAAUGGAUUAAGUUCUUGCAUAUGUAUAGAUGAUGUAACAAAAUUACCACAGAAUAUUGAACAAGCUUUACGCACUGAAUUGUAUUUUUUUCUGAAUGACCCAGAGAUUUUGGGAAACGUGUCAAAUAAUAUUUUAUGGGAUUACCUAUUAUCUAAUAAUAAAAUUAAUGCGCUAAAGAUGUGGAUUGAAGAAAAAUAUAAUCCAGACGUUCUACAAACCUCAGAUAAAAUCGAUCCUCAUUUGAAAUUAUUAUUUACGAAUUUAAAUAUUACACCCGACAUGGUUGACUGUAUAGAUUCGUCAAGUGCUAGUGACCUUGUAAAGAAUUUAACUAAAAACUAUUUAUGUAGAUACGGUAUUUAUACCAAAGAAGAAAAAAGCGAUUUAAAAUCGAUAUUAAAUCGUUCCUUUGGCUGCGGUAUCACGCUGGAAGAACUCAGUACAAUAUUAUCCUUACCUUCCUGCAAUAUUGAUAAAACGGAGUUUUUCCAAAACAUCGAUCAACAACUGUGCCUUACACAUUGCUCGCAAAGCUCUCAUACUCAGGAAGAUGAUUUAAAACUUAAGAAAUUAUUUUACGUUUUAACCGAUAUGUGUAACGCUCGAAAUAAUUACGAAGAUGCGUUGUUACACGGAAUUGUAGAAUCAAUUGAUUAUAUCUCCGAUGAUUUUAAUGACUAUCUGAAAACGAAUUACUUAGUAACCUUGGCAUUAAUAUUUUUACAAUUGUGGCAGACGCAAAGCGCGUUGUGCAAUGAAGCAAACUCUUCAGAGAAGAAUACACUGAUGAGAGAUAUAUUUACGAACAAGACUGUGUUAAAAAUCGGCACGCGUGUCAUCUCCCAAGAAGUUCUUCAGGCUGCGCUUACGCACAUACCGAGGCUACAAUGUAUCAUCGAGAAUCGAAAUGAAACAGAUGAUAUUACAGUAUACGACUUGUUGGACGGCUAUAGAAAUUUGAAUUCUAAGCUCUUAUUUAAAUGGCGCUUCAAGAAUGAACCUAUGCCUACUUUCUCGAGUGAAAAUCUCAUUAAGAAAUACGGGUAUCAAGAAACGCUAACAUACGGUUAUUAUCUGAAAGAGGGAAGGCCGAAUUUGGCUGUGCAUAGUUUGACACGCACGACGAAGUUACUUGGAAAUGUAUCCUCCCAUAGGAAAUUCAAAGCGGCUUUAUACGCGCAUGUUCUCGCUUUGAGAAAUCUAGACAAGUCUGAUAUUGUAUGCAGCUGCAUUGCGUUCAUCGAGAUGCUGAGAAUUGACUCGAGCAAUUUACGAUUACACGUUACUGUGGCAAAAUAUGUGCAAGAGCAACUAAACAUAUCCAUAGGAAACUUAUUGGAGAAUGUAGUGUAUAAAAACCAAACUGAUUUGAAAUCUGUGAUAUUGUAUUUAGAACAGAGCUUCCAAAAAUAUUUAGCAGAUGAAGCUUUUACGUGCGAUAGUGCACAAUUCGUCGAAGCGUUGAAAAUGUGGGACAUCAUCAUACGCUUUGCACGAGUUCACAAUUGUGGGUUGCCCGACACGUUGCCGAAAUAUUUAGCAGAUCGUGACUUGUGGUUCGAAUUCAUUGUAGUCUGUCAUAUAUUCGCCUAUCCCGUAAUCCAGGUCCUGGAAAACGCUAAAUUGUUCAAUAACGCGAACGUACGGGAACAUCUGUUAACGUGUUUAAGUAACGAUAAGCUAGGCAAAUUUCUACCAUAUGACGAGCAAAAGACAGAAUCUCAUAAUACAAAGCAAUCGUCGUCAAAGCAACGUAAAAUUGGAGCGAAAGGAAAUGAAUCUUCAGAGUCUACUUCAACCAUAUCGGGAAUUGAAAUAGAUACAACUGAUGUAGCUGAUGCCAAAGAUAUCUCUAACAGUUCUAUCUCGACUUCUUCAAAUGAUAACUUAUGGUUAACUAUACUAAACUGUCAUCAAAGUCAAGACCCACCCAAAGCAUUAAUUAAUGCAUCUCGCUCAAAUUUGAGGCCUAUAUUAACUGUCUUAGCUACGUGUUACGAGCCGUCCUCUGUAGCAGCAUAUUGCUACUGUUGGAUGGUAAUAUCAACAGGAAGAGAGGACAUACUUCUUGAUUACGCGGAAUGUCUAGAGCAACAAAUAUGGCCUUCCGAUAAAGUAUCGAAAUUACUAAACAAAAUGAUCCAGUGUGGCUACAUUAAUACAAUUAAUCGAGCUUACAAAAUUUUCAUGCCUGAUAGUAUUAUGAAUCCGUUCUUUGAAUUUCUGACGCAAGCAAUUAGUUACGGCGAAUUUAAGGAGAAUCAAAGGCAUUUAAUAGAGUUUAAAUCGCAAUGUUCCUCGCUUAAAUGCAAUAAAAUUAUGGAUUGGGACAGCGUUCAUUUUACAUAUUUGAAAAACUUGUAUUGGGUUGCGGUGGUUGCAAUUCAAUGCAUUGUUACGACACUGGCCUACGGCUUUCGAAGUACGCCAUUACGAAUAAAGUUUCUCGAAGUGCUAAUAAAGUGUAAUUUUUCUGCAGAUUUACCAGCUGCAAUACCGGAUUUUCAGCGUCUGUUAGAUGUAACGAGAAUUCUGCAGAAAACCGAUGUGACAUUAAAUUUCAAGGCCAUUACUUUAAAUGACAAUGCAUAUAAUUUUGAUGUGGAGAUUCAAAGAUGCAUUAACGAUUUAACAGCAACCGAGAAUUACAGUGCUGCAUUGGAGUUAGCAUGCUGCGCAAAAUUAAAUUCAUCCGAGAUCAUAUUAGCACAAUUUCGAAGUACUUUCAAACAAUCUAUGAACAAAGAUGGUCAAGUAAAUUCUGCCUUUUGGAUGCAAUGCGCUCAGGAUUUUAACAAGUUCCAUGUUUCACCUCAAGUAGCAGUUGAAUUUUUUGUCGAACAUGCGGAAAAAGUUGAAUCGCACAAAGAAAGAUACGAAGUUUUAAAAUUGGCCUAUGAGACUUUGAAAAAUACCGAAAUCGAGCAACAAACCAUCGAUACUCUAGAGAUGGCGAUGUGGAAAUCGUGCAUUUUGGCUGGACCCGAUAAUAUAGAGUUUGAAAAAAAUGAUCACAUUUUUAAUAAAUUAAAAACGGAGUUACUAUCUGGUUUAGAUAAACUGCAAGUUACUUGCUCCUUGAUAGACGAAAGUGAAAAAGAUGCUGCGGAAAUUUUAAUAAAUAAAUUAAUUGAUCUGGGCAAAUUGGAUAUUGCGUUACGAAUAAGCGUAAUUUUUAAUUAUAAUCAUAAAGAUCUGCAAAUAUUGAUGCUAUGUUUAAGUUUAGCAGAAGGUGAAAUUUCACCAGCGGAUUUAACUUCGCAGCAAAAAAGUCUUUUGGAAGAAGGGAAUCAGAGCAGGCAACAAAAAUAUAGUACUCUGCGUAAUCGCGGUCUGCAAAGAUUUUCGUCGUCGUCGUCCUUGAGCACAAUUUCGUCGAUCGUAGAACCUAGCAAAACAAAUGUUACUACGAACAAUCGUCACCUCCAGAUCGAGUGUACUUCAAUCUUAGAAAAAUCAUCGAAAAUUCUCGUACACGGAAAUGAGAUAUGUUUUCGAAUUAUUUCGUGUUACAAACUCGCCAUGCGUCUAGGAAAAACAUAUCAAUCACUAUUAAUACUGAAAGAUCCGAUAAAGUUCUUACAGGAGAUUACAGAAAGCAAUAUUGAAAACAAAUUGGAGACUGCUAGCGAUAUAAUAACAUCCUACAAGAUUAAGACAGAAAACGUGGCAACAUUCCUAACUGAAAAUAUUACAACGCACAUAAAUUGUGCCAUAGAAGAGGGCCAGGAAGAUUUGAUUUUUAUGUGGGGCUAUUCCUUGAAUUCGCACUUUCAUUUAAUAAUGGAGCUUUGCAGUGACAUUUCGUUAUUAGGCUUAAAAUUGUUGAAGACAGCACAAUCGUUGUUGGGAAGAUACAUUAGUACUCACGAUGAAAAAAGAAAUGUUUCAGGACUAAAAACAAUAGUGGAAUUGUUAAUAAGAUCUCAUGAUUGUUUCACGGCUUCUUGUAACAUGGAAGGAAUAGCUUCAGUAUUACGUAAAUGUCAGAACCUCGCGAAUACGUUACAAAUCUUAAAACACUGGACACUAUUGGUACGCCUUGUAACUGGUGUUGGUCGAUUUACCGAAAUGAAUUACAUAUUUCAAAUCUUGAAAGAAAACGAUCAAUUCGAGUCUUUAUUAGGACAAGGUUUGGAUAAGGUUCCAGGUCUAAAAAUGGCAUUGCUGGAAUUCUUGAAGCGCCAAUGUCCAGAAGAUAAGGAACUGUUUACUUUAGUGGCACUUCAUUUCCGCUUAUAUUAUGAAAUCGCACUUAUGUGGGAAAAUGAGGCAAAGGAAAUAAUCACGAAAUUAAUAUCUGACAUAUUAAAAGAGUGUGGGAGAGGCGUAACCGGUAUUCCGGUAGAAAUAAAGUUUACUAAAGACGAUUAUGUUCAAAAACAAUUGCAACUGGCUGUAACUAACUUUACUCAUGCUACUCAAUAUUAUUUACAGGAUAAGAAACUAAAUUUCGCCAGCCGGUGCUCGCAUCAAGCCCAACUCGUCGCGCUUCAAAUUUCAUUACUGAAUGCAGUAUCGCAAAAUCAGCAAGCGGUAUGUCUGCUGAAUUUGAAAAGAGACGAGUUAGAAAGAAUAUUGUGUCACAUCUUAAAUUUUCCUCAAGCUCUUAUUGUUAUCCGCGCUUAUAAUUAUCACGCGGAUUGGGUUAAUCUCAUUUAUCAUCACUGCAUUCUCAAGGGGGAGACAAAAUAUCUCAAAGAAUACAUGACAGUUAACAAUCUUACAUCUACGAUUGUACAAGAUUGCGCGCGUAGGUACAGAUUGGAAAAAAGCAUCAAUCAUUCCAUGACAGACAACAUGAAGACUCUAGUAUCCGAACUAUCAGAUGUCGAAUGUAAAUACAUGCUAGCUAGUCAGCUUGGCUUUAAGGACAUUGUAGAGGAAAUGCUCAAUAAUUCUUUAGUAGGUUCCUACUUAAAGGACACGAUUUGGAAAAAAGGAUAUACUGCACUGUGAUACAAUUCGUCGUUUGGAAAAAUUCGAUAUUAUCGUCCGAUAAAGAAUGAACAAAUUUAAAUGUAGCAAUAAAUUGUCGUAAACUCAUUUCAUAAGUCAUGUCAUAAACAAUAAAUUUAUACUUCGUCAUACUUUGUCAUUUUAUUAUUUAUAUCGCAAUAACUUUCAAUAAACAGUAUUUUAUAUAUAUCA